AAAGGCUAAAAUACUUGAUCGACUGCGACGACUGGUCCUGGAGAUGUAUGCGAUGGUGAUAUGGUACUGGAGUUGCUCUUGACUCUACAAUCUACUCGACUAUUCUGCAUCUCGAGUCUCGACUAUUCUGUCAGACGCCUAUUUGGAAGAUUAUUGAUGAGAGGUGGACUAAGCAACUUCAUAGGCCAUUACAUGCUACGACCCACUAUCUAAACCCCCGAAUUCAUUAUCGUCGUAGCUUCAACCCUAAUGAUAAGGAAGUUAAAAACGGGUUGUUUGAUAGCUUGGAUACGUUGGUGAAGGAACUAAAUGAUAGAAAUACAAUAAUCUCACAACUUGAUAUAUUCCAUCAUGGUCAAGGUAUGUUUUCUAGGAGUGAUGCUAGGGAUUCAUUGGAGAAAAGCAUCCUACUGAUUGGUGGAACACUUAUGGAGAUGAUGUUCCCGAACUUCAAAGAUUUGCUAUUAGCUUAAUUUGUAGCUCUUCUAGAUGCAAGCGUAACUGGAGUGCAUUUGAGAUGGUUCAUAAUAAGAAAAGGAAUCGUCUUCACCAAAAGAAGAUGAAUGACAUGGUGUUUGUGAUGUACAAUUCCAAGUUGAAGAAUAAGAAAUUUAGAAGUGUGGAGUUGCCAACCUUUGAAGAUAUUGGUUCCGAUGAUGAGUGGAUCACAGAGGGAGGUGUGGAUGUUCCUCCUCCUAAUGAGGAUGUCAAUGCUCAAAUUUUUGAACCAGUUGGAAAUGACCCAAUUCAUGAUAUGACAAUUGAAUUUGAUGGCAACCCAAUUGAAGAUAAAGAUAUAGAAGAAAAUGUGAAUAUGGAGGAGGGAGAGGGAGAUGAAUAUGAUGGGAGUGGUGGAGGUGGAAGUGGUGAAGAUGAUGAUCUUGAUGAUUUGUGUUAAUUUAUUUGUUUGUAUUUUGGUUGUUGGAACAUGAGAUUGAGCUU